GUGGGCAGCCUAUGUCUGGUCUGGUCGCAGCCAAUGAGCAGGUGGUGUUUGGGUGCGAUGAAUAGAGUGAAGAGAGGGUUAUUCUCCCUCCUACACCAUGUGAUGACGGCCAGACUGACUAUAACACUGGAGCGAUGGUUUUUAGUCACUUUCAACAGCAACAAAACGGCAACAGCAUCACUGACGUAAAGCAACCACAAAAAGAACUGGAGCAGCACCGCGCUCAGAACAACGGGACUUUGACUUGGUCAUCCAAUAUUGGGAACAAACACAGAGAAUGGAAAUAGACAGCAUACUGAAUGGAGUGAGGAUGUCGACGGAAUAUGUCGCCUUGAGUCUUUGACUGUAAUUUCUAGCAGUCGGGCACAGCAUCUUUCUGAUUCUGAAUUGCAAUGCAUUCGGUAAGGAGAGUUAUGACAGGAGUUGCUGCAGGGUGCCGCAUUGCCUGACCGCUUGCAGGUAGCAUAGUGUAAUGCUUUUAUGGUAAUUGUAAUGUUAGGUUAUUUUGGGUGGGGAUGGAUGAUAACGGUUGUCUCACAAUUGUGUGUUUAGGCUUCCAACAUAGCCACGUUAGAGAUGCAAUCGGUGACUGAACAUAGGCUAUUCAUAUACCUAAUUGGGAAGUCAGCAACAGCCAGUAUUGCGACUGAUUUGAGAGCUAUAAAUGUCAACGUAUGAAAAGAAAGUUGGAAACAGAAGUCAAAUGUUAGAUAGGUACAGGUGGAAACAUAAUGGCGCUGUCCAAAAAGUGAAUGCAGCCUAUGUUGCACCUUCUAUCACAGGCCUACUCAGGAGGACCCAGGACGAUAUCUGAAGUCAGGCUUUGAUUUUAGGGAACUGAUUGAGAGGGUCCAAUAGGCAUAUACGUGACGCAUUCAUUGUUGGAGGUUUUGGCUCCAUCGACGGUAACAUUUUACCUACCAUUCAAUAUUGGCCGUGGAAGCAAGGACGAUGGCUCACUUGCAAGCGGGCUUGUCUCCAGAAACCCUGGAGAAAGCCAAGGUGGAGUUAAAGGAGAACCCCGACACUCUACAUCAGGACAUUCAGGAGGUGAGGGACAUGAUCAUCACCCGCCCAGACAUUGGCUUUCUUAGGACAGAAGAUGCUUUCAUCCUGCGCUUUCUCCGAGCGCGGAAAUUUAAUCAUUUCGAGUCGUUUCGCCUCUUGGCCCAGUAUUUCGAAUAUCGUCAGCAAAAUCUGGACAUGUUUAAAAACCUCAAAGCAACCGACCCGGGAAUCAAGCAAGCUCUCAAAGACGGAUUUCCGGGGGUGCUGACCAACUUGGACAGAUAUGGCAGGAAAAUACUGAUUCUCUUUGCUGCUAACUGGGACCAGAGCAGGUAUACAUUUGUGGAUAUACUGCGAUCUAUUCUGUUGUCGCUGGAGUCCAUGAUAGAAGAUCCAGAGCUACAGGUGAAUGGAUUUGUCCUGAUCAUCGACUGGAGCAACUUCACGUUCAAGCAAGCCUCCAAACUAACACCGAGUAUGCUGAGACUGGCCAUAGAAGGUCUACAGGACAGCUUUCCUGCCAGGUUCGGAGGAAUCCACUUUGUGAACCAGCCGUGGUACAUCCACGCCCUGUACACUGUCAUACGGCCCUUUCUGAAGGAUAAGACAAGAAAAAGGAUCUUCAUGCAUGGGAACAACCUGAACAGCCUUCACCAGCUCAUGCACCCUGAGAUCCUGCCCUCUGAGCUGGGUGGGAUGAUGCCCCCCUACGAUAUGGGCACCUGGGCCCGCACCCUCCUGGACCACGCCUAUGAUGAGGAGACUGAGUACUGCCCCGAGUCCUACUCCCUGUCUGUCAAAGACCUGGAGAAAGACCUGUCUCCCAAAACCAUGAAGAGGUCCCAGUCGGUGGUGGAGCCCGGAGUUCUUAAACGGCCAGAAAAAGUGAAGAGCGAGGAGGAGAACAUGCAGCCACUGCUCUCGCUGGACUAAUGUACAGUCUGACACAACACAAGCAGCCUAGAAAACAUUGACCCUCAGACAGACAGACAGACAGACAGACAGACAGACAGACAGACAGACAGACAGACAGACAGACAGACAGACAGACAGACAGACAGACAGAC